CCGUCCUCGCCACACACACGCCACACAGGAUGUCGUGCUGUGAGGGCACUCGGUCGCUUCACAAGCGUUACAAAAUAUCACUAACCGGCGGCUGGUCCGGGAAAGGUUCACGGGCAGCAACGACGGACCUGAUGCUACCGGUGGCUACAGACGUGCGACCGUCACCACCAGCAGCACCAUCAGCAUUAUUAGCCGCAGCGUCGAAUGAUAGUAGCCGUGUGUGCGGUAUGGCGAUCGCGGACCUUACCACGCGCCACAGUGAUAGUAGUAGCAGCACCUGCUGUAGUACCCGCGACAGUGGUUUUAGUAUAAGCACUACCAAAAGUGACCCCCGGCUGAGCAGCAGGAGUAUAGGCGCUAACAGUAGACGAAGAAGUAUUAUCACUCCCGCCCGUACUCGCCGAAGGACGACAACGGCACAGGACACGGCCCGAAGAAAGCAAGCCACCACCGUGUCGAGACGGUACGGGCGACUGUUGGUAGUUUUUGUAAGUAGUAUACUGCUGGCGGUUCUCGCCGGACCGAGCCGUGUUGGGGCAGUGCUGCUCGACACGGUCGGUGGUGUCGGUGGCCCUGGCGGUGACGCGAAAGCACCGGUGCAAGCGUUCGGCGAUGAGCUGGGCGGUGUCAACCUGGAACGGAGCAUAGCGGCCGUGUUUAGCCGCGUUGCUUACGGGUCCACCACGACAACGAAGCGUAGCAUACCGGAUAACGUGUACGUGCCGAGCCUGACGACCGUCUCCACACCGUUGCUGACCACGUUUAGGUACGAUAACAAGAAUAAGGACACACUCGGUGGACCGGGCGCUGGCGGUGGUCUCGGUGAUAAGGACUCGCACUACAACCAGCAGCAGAUCAGCGCUAACCACCGGAACUACGAGCUCGAUCUUGAGCGGGACCACGUACUGCCAACGUCGGCUCCGAACGCGGAAAUUCUCAAGAGCAACAGUAAUCCGACCUAUCCGAACCCAAACCGCCAUCAUAACCACGAUCGUCACCGGCACUCAAACUCCACGCCAUAUCCGCACGGUCACAACGCGAAAAAGGGCUUUCCAACGAAUUCGAUGUUCUCGGGCGAUAUUCCAGCGUACUCACCGCCUUCGCGUACCUUCUUCACGCCUCCACUGCCCCGCAACUACACCAACCCCUUCGCCGACAAGCCUACGCUGCGCGGUACGAACAGUGACAGUACGAUCAUCAACACCGGCACCUACGCAAAUCGACGACCGCUUCCUCCGCCGAGUCUGAUGCCCGGGCACGAACGAAUCCCAAUGCGCCCACCAGAUCUAGUGCCGGGUGCACCGGGAACGGGUGGGCUAGGAGUAUCACCUAACAACGCGGCAGGUUCUCCGAAGGUGGUCGGAAACCCGGAAGUUAGCGGUGGUAUGAUACCACCCGGCUCAUCCGGCCCCUCUUCAUCCCAGUCGAUGGAAGCACAGCGAAAGAAAGCCCUCAACACACCGUCGGAGAAGUCGAACAAGCUCGAUGCGGCCAAGGGCUACGAUGGCAAUAGCAAGCUGUUCCUGCUGGAUGAGAACGCCAAUUCGAGUGCGAUACUCCCGAACGGUAUGCACUUCCCGUCGAUCUCACGCAUUCUGUCCGGUUCGAACGGACGUCCGCAGAUGAUACCGGAUGUGUUGUUACGAUCGGUCACUUCGGCUCCACGCCCCAACCAACCGGCUUACGAGCUUGGCGGUGGAACUGGUGGUGCGACUUCACUCAGUAACGCUAAGAGUCCGGGUGGUGCGUUUGGAAACAGGCCAGUUGGGUUGGAUGGUGAACGGGAUCGGGAUGGACUAACGAAUGGAGGUGGUGAUGGUGCUGGUCCAGCAGGAGAUGGUGGUGAUGGAAGACGUCACUUUGAGGAUGACGAAGGGGAGAAUGACGAGGAAGAGGAAGAUGAUGAGGAUGAUCCGUUUGAGGAGGGCGCAGCACGACAGCAACCUGGCGGUGGUAGCACAUCUAAUAUAGCGACUUCUACCGUCUCGUCGAUGCACGUCCAAUCGUCCUCUUCAUCGCCAAUAACGCAACGGAUGCCGAAUCUUAACCUCAAAUCGGUCAUGAUCAAGAAUGCGACGGGUGAGGAAGCUGGUGGACCGGGUUACGGAAACGAUCGUACCUUCCCGGGUGAGAUAGCGGACUUUAGCACGUGGACGAUCGCUUGGAACAUUCACGUCUAUCUGUCGGCGAUCCUCUUUACCAUACUGGCCGUGUACUCGAUUUUCAAGAUCAUAUUCUACGACAAGCUGACGCACCUGUUCUCGCAGGCGUACUUCAUCAGCAUCCAUCUGAUCCUGAUCAUCAUCUGUCUGUUGCGCAUAUUCUAUCUCUGCUACGAUGCGUACAACAUGCACUUUAGCUUCAAUCUGUUUGUAUCGGAGCUGUUACUGAAUCUGCCACUAACCUUCCUCACGACAACGUUCGCCAUCCUUAUACUGUUCCUGUUACUUCGCUCGAUCAACCACAAAACGAACCGAUACAGUUCCAUCCUGAGGCCGCUUACCAUCAUCAUCGGUUCGGUGGUGCAUGUCACGCUUUGCAUCACCCUGCAUCUGGUGGAAUCGUACGAAACGAAGCAGUUCUAUCACAAACAGCAUCAGCUUCAGAGUAAACAGCUACAAGCGGUCGGCGGAGGACUGGGUGGCCGUGGUGGUGGUCAUACACCGCCAACAAACAUCCAGAUUCCGCCACGCGUACUUUCGCUCAUCUGCCAGAUCAUUUACAUUUUUAUCUGUCUCAGUCUCGGCAUUCUGUACCUGUACAUGUACCGGUUGUUGAAGCGCAUCCUGCACAAGAGCCAGAACUACAUCCACGGGUAUAAUAAUCUGUCGUACGCAAUUCAUAUCACGAUCGCGACGGCGCUGCUGUUCAUUCUGCUCGCAGCCCUGCAGAUCUACGGUGCCAUCAGUAUUAGCUCGCAGACACGCGUCAAACUGUCGCCAAGCAGCGGUCUGCCGGGAGAUGGUCCCGGUGGACGACCUGGCGGCGGUGGAACACUUUGGGCAUCGCACAUCGAGAUCGAUUGGUUCCAGUGGGGCUAUCAGUUCAGUAUACGGUUUAUUGAGAUUGUUAUCGUGGCACUGCUGUCGUGGGUGACCGGACUGAAGACUGGCACGUCGAAAGUGAUCCAACGCGAGAAGGAUAUGGAGCAACCGAAUGCGAGCGGCUUUGCGCUGUUCCCCUGUACGUCCUCCUCGAGCCAGGAGAACUUCGAGACGGACUAUCCGGCUGUGUGCAAUACGAACCGUAAUCUUCAUACCUACACGAUGCGUACCGGGAAACCGAUCUACGAUGACAACUUUGCGCUUAACUCACUCAACCUCGAACAAACCAACCAGCAAGACUUGCAGCUUGGUCCGCCGGGUGUUGGUGCUGGCAACGAGUUCCAGCGGUCGCUCGAAACGAACAGUAUGCGUUCGUCCUCGCACAACUACAGCAACAACUACAACGGUAGCAACAGCAACAACGAACAUGGUCCCGAUCCGGGCGAUGAUUUCCUCAACGAAACUGAACCCAUGCCGGAUCACUACGAAAACCCUAACUUUGAGCUAAAGCAGCACCAUCACCAUCAGCACAGUGGUAGUGGUGGAGCGUCCUCGAACCAGUACCACGACAUCAUGGACAACUGCUACUCGGAACCGAUCGGUGCACCGCAGUACGAUACGAAAUCGUUACGCGGACAACCUGCGGGACAUCCGAUGGCACCACCGCACCGUAAUUACGAUUUCCAAAACUUCGAACGACCCAACUUUGAUCCGCAGCACAUGCAGCCGACACUCCCGCAACCGUCCGCACUGAGUGCCGCCCAGUCAAUGGCACGCGGUGAGUUCCGGGCCUCGAAAAAUCUGAAAACGCUCAAGAGUGGUCAGCUGCAAAACGAUCUUGGUGGUGGUGGUGGUGGUGGUGCAAAUACGAUGGGUCAUCAUCACUACAAUCACCACGCCAACAUGGUCGCACCGGGGGGUCCUGGAGAUUCGUUCGAUAGGCGGAUUGGUGUGCGAAAAAGUGGAACGCUAAACAAUAUCGGCGCGAUGCACUUUAACCCGCACGGAAGUGGUCGUAACAACAACUCCAACUCGUCUGCGUCCUCUUCAUCUGCCGCUUCUUCGAAUAAUCGGGCGAUACAGCAGCAACAGCAGCAGCGUCGUGGCCCAAUGUCCGGAGCACAAACGCUCAGCUCCACUGCUGCUGCCGCCCACCAUCAACAAGCGCCUCCGCCCCAUCAUCACCCUGCCGGGCAUGGUUUCCCGCAUCCCGGUAGUUUCAACGAUCGGCUACUGAAUGGUGGUGCUACAGCGGAUUCACUCGAAAGGAUCGCUGCCGGUCAUGCCGGACCGGAAGGUAACUUUGACGAGGGUGCUACCAAUGGGUAUUAUCACAGCAAGAAGCGAUCGCGAGAGUCGUCCAGCUCGAGCUACACUGGAGGAGGAGGUGGCGGUGGUCCUGUACCGUACGCAACCAGUAACGAUCAUCAUCCCCACCCGCACCACCAUCCUCACCAGCCGAUGGAUUCGUCUCCCUCGCCGACGGCUAGCAUCGGCGGUAGCGGCAAUGGAACGCCAACGGGGGUUGGAGGUAUGCCUCCCGGUAUUAAUGGGACGUCCACCGCAACCGGUGUCCUGCCGGGCAAGAUGGAACGCGCCCAGGACAAUGGAAGUAUGCUGGUGGCCGAGCAAGGUUUCGUGCGAUUCCGUGCACUAGAGGAACCGACGUUAGGUUCGCGGACAAACCUGCGCGACAAGGGUGGCAAGAUGUUUAUCAACUCGUAA